UUCCAGUUGGACAUUCUACACAAUAUUGGGCAACUUUCAACAAAACAGCACCAUCUAAUGGAAUGGCUUUGGGAGAAACCAGGUCACCUACAGCUGAUAUGCCCUCAAAGCAAAGAAGUAUACCUUACAAGCCAUCGCAACGGAAGAGAGUUUAUAAACUCUACAAGCUACAGAGAGAAACAGAAUGAGGGCCUCAUUCACAAGAUUGCAAAAGAUCUGAAACUGAACCUGACUGAGGAUAACAUGAUGGUACCAGAUGCUAGUUUGUUGAAAACUUUGAGUGAUAUGGUACUUUCAGUUGAAGCAACUAUAGAUGAACUCAAAACUACAAGGAUGAAAUUGAGUCAUACAGCAACAGGACAAGGGCCAUUUAGAGCAGGGCAUGGCAAACUCAGGGCAUGGCAAACACCAUUAAGAGCAAAGGAUCAAGAUACAACAAUUGCGAAUCUCCAAGACGUUAGAGAGCAUUGCCGUGAAAUCACAUUUACUUUACAGCAGAUCAACACAUAUGCUGAAUCUCAUCCUAAUGUGGUUCAUCUCGUACCAAAACUAAAAUUCUUUCAUCAAAUGGUUGACAAUAUGAGUACAGCGCAGAGCCAAGUGGAUGAUAUCAGUAUAUCCCUAGAUGAAAAAUUAAACAAUGCUGUGAAAGUCUAUGUCAGAGCUGUUGAUCAUAUCCUCACAAUGUUGCAACCAAAUCAGGCUACCAUGACAACGGAUGACAUCACAAUACCAGACACUCUUACAGCUCGAGUGAGUAACAAUUCAACGGAGAAAAAGAACACAAACAUGACAACAGCACGAAGGUUUUCCACAUAUACUAAUGAUACAAAUUUAGAGCCUGAGGCUGAGUUAUUCCCAUGGGAUAUUGUCCAGGUUACAAUUCAACCGCAACUGACAUAUACAAUGGUUGUGGAGGGUUGGCCCCAAAUUGCGGGCGAUUGGUUGACUCGAUUAAGACAGUGGCCCCCUUCCAAUGUAUUAAUUGAUGUGACGGAAGGUGGAUUCCACUUAGUUCCUCAUUGCUCCUUUUAUGG